UUUAUGUUGUCGCAACUUUCACCAAGCUUACCUGGCAUCUUCAAACGAAAAAUAAGAACUGAGGCUAACAGAAACUAAGUAUUACCAUUUUAUUUAAACGACCCCCUGUUAUGCGCAUUCAAUAAAUAUAAUGUAUUGGUUUGGAGUUUGAGGUUAAGCGGUGUUUAGUUUCUGUGUAAGUUUCAUAAUGUUAAAGAUACUGUGUCUUCAUGGAUAUAGACAAGAUGGAGAAUCCUUUAAAUCAAAACUUGGUGGCUUCAGAAAGGCUGUGAAAAACAUUGCCCAUUUGUGUGAUCCUCAGCGCUGGGCUAUUCUCAAGGAGCAUGUGGGCAUGUCAGGUACUCGUUGGACAGACCAAGUGACAAGUGUGAGACCAUUUGCAGCUCAUCUUGCUGAAAUACGACUCAUGCAAAAGAAACUUCGGUCUCUCAACCUCACGCCAAAAACCAUUAAUGAAGUCAAUGGUAUGAACAGGAGAAAUCAGAUCAUCCAGGCAAGAGAUGCUACAGUGGAGGUAGAGGUCUCAAAUCUAGAGUUGCUCUUGACCAAUCUUGAAGAUCUUCGUGGGAAAUGGCCACAGAUUUUAAAUGAAGUGAAAAUGGUUGCUGAGGAAAUCGAAAUUGAAACCCAUUUCCCAUCAAAACAGAAAGUUAAAAAAAGAACAAGACUUAUUGUCAUUGAGGAGGAUGAUGAACAAGGGGAGAACAUCAUAGAAAAUCCUUGUGAUGGCUCUGAUGAGCCUGAAUCUGAAUUCAAAUGGAAUGUCUUCUUUGUUAUCAUUGAUUCGUUUAUGACCCACAUGAAAUAUGUUGUUCUUACAGAGACACAACAAAGAGCAUGGUGGUUCUCAAAGGAGCAAAAUUCUUUUUGUGCCCAAGAAGUAUCUGAUAUUUGUAAGGGAUUUCAAACAUCAUUAGAUGCUGUUAAACAAGAAUUUGAUUCAGAGGGUCCAUUUGAUGGAAUUUUGGGUUUUAGUCAGGGAGCUGCUAUGGUAACACUUUUGUGUGCACUUAAAGAAACCAAAGCAUUUCCAUAUCAGUUCAGUUUUGUGUUCCUGAUUGCUGCAUUUAAGAGUAAUUCCAAGCCUCAUGAAGAUCUUUAUUGUAACACUAUAGAAACCCCAAGUCUACAUGUUAUUGGAGACACAGAUUCAGUUAUACCUAAAGAAAUGAGUGAAACACUGCUGAAUUGUUACCUUAAUCCAGUUGUAGUUCAGCAUCCUGGUGGACACUAUAUACCAGUCAGUGGACAGUAUAAAACUCAGUAUCUUCAAUUUCUUCAAUGUCACUUAAAAUCCAAUUCAUAAUAGUCUGACCGUAAAUAUAAUUUGGUGUAGUUAUUCUAAACAUUGUACAUUCCUUUUCAUAUAAAUAAAAAAUGGUAGAGAUUAUAUUUUUUCUGUUAUUGAUUUUUUUUUAUAGAUGGCCAGAUUUAAAAUCAUUUAACUAUUUCAAUGUUUAAUGAUAGUAUUAGAGUAAGUGACAACUGGUAUGCAAAAAAUGAUUUGCAUUGAAUUCUGAAUACUUAUGUUGAUUUCAAAUAAACCUAAUUUUAUAGCUCUUA